UCUGACUUAUCUUAGCAGAAGCUUUCGUUCCACGGACUGUUGGAGAACAAUAACCUCCACUGCCUCCAACUUCUGUGCCCUCCUCUGACACCCAGCAAGCUAAUAUACCUUUAAAAAACAUUGGUUUGGUUUUGGAGAAAGAGAUUCCCACCCCUGCCCCUGGCAUCUCUCAGCAGAACAAUUUGGCUUAAUAAUUAAUAGAUUGAUCACUCUUGGCAGCAAAGGUAACAACUAUGGUCAAACUAUAUUGAUAAUGUAAUAAAAAUGUGUUGUUGUUUUUCAAUGGUAAUCGGCUUUAACAAGAAACUGAAAAGACUACGCUGUUGAUGCUGAGGCAAAUCCCUUAAACAGUGACGCAGCAUGAUGGAGCUAGUUAAUGUUAUAGCACAUGAUUGUCUUUACUUUCUGCAAUCAGCGUUUUAUUCACAAUUUUACAAUAGGUGUAAAUUUUUAUCACUCGUUAGGCAAGCAGAAGAACGAACUGAACCUCAAGAAAAAUCACUUAAGAAUUGGCUACAGUGAUAUAACAGAGCAAUAACUGAUCCAAGACCAACCAUCUAGUGGGAGAAGAAAAAGUAAGUGACAUAUAAAAUGCUAAAAGGUCAGAUUUCCUCUUCUUUUUUUUAAAGAAAGAAAGGAAUCCACAAACAGGAACAUAUUGUACCAUGUCAACAGAAUGGCUGUGAGCUGAGCUUUAGAAAAAUGAAGGUUCAUUAUAAAAGCUUUAGAAGUGAAAAAUAAAAUGUUACGUUCUGGAUCUUCUUUGUAGGCUGUGAGGAGAGUGGGAAGAAGCCCAUGACAGGAGCAACAGGAAAUAAGAAGUCUAAUUAAGCAUCAUUCUUGCUAUGUGAAUGAUAGGAGAAGAGGGAAUUAGACCUGGAAUUUUGCUAUGAUGGACAGAUUAUGUGACCAGGAAAAUGAAAUAGUAAACAUAUUAAAUCAACUGGACAGAUUAUAAUAAAUUUAAGCAUGCUUUACUUAAGAAUUAGCACUAUUAAGCUCAGUUGGAAUUACAUUCAACUAAACCUAAUAUGCAGGCAAUAGUUGCAGAUUAGCUGACAUUUCUUUUCUUAAUUAAACAUGGUUGAUUACCUGCAGGAUAUGACAUUGUUUUUGUGGGGAUUUGAGGCUGUAGCAGGAGUUUCAUUGUGAAGUGAGAACCCCCACCCACAAUGUUUCAUAUAAAACGUGAUUACGUCUUAGGAGCACCUAUAUUUACAGCUCAUACUCAAUGCACUGAAAGACAGAUGGACAUAUGCAUUCAACGCAAAACACAUCAACUUGGUUACUUUUUUUAAAAAGGGAGAGGGAGCUGCUCUCUGAUUGGGGGCUGCAUAAUGACGCCAUGUUGUGCAGUGGUGUGGAGUCACAAUUCAUGAAGGAUGGGGAAGCGCAAGUGGGAGAGCUGGUGGAACUGGGAGUCGUGGCAUCAACACCAAAUUGGAAUGUGAGAUCUUCUGCCCCGGAACACAUUCUGCCUCUGCAUACCUCAAGGCAACCCAAGGCUUCUGUACUCCCAUUGUAUUUUCAGAAAGAGAAAUCACCCUCACAUCUGGCUGCUCUUCUUCCUCAGCUUCCCAGCUGGCCUUUGCAUUGGAUGGAUGGACACCAUGGUGGAUUACUACAAAAUCCUGGAUGUUCCCCAAAGUGCCUCUAUGAGUGAUAUUAAAAGAGCGUAAGAGAAAUCUUUCCUUGGAGUGCCCCUUUUCCUAAGUAAAGGUAAAGGGGACCCCUGACCGUUAGGUCCAGUCGUGACCGACUCUGGGGUUGCGGCGCUCAUCUUGCUUUACUGGCUGAGGGAGCCGGCAUACAGCUUCCGGGUCAUGUGGCCAGCAUGACUAAGCCGCUUCUGGUGAACCAGAGCAGCGCACAGAAACGCUGUUUACCUUCCCACCAGAGCGGUACCUAUUUAUCUACUUGCACUUUGACGUGCUUUCGAACUGCUAGGUUGGUAGGAGCAGGGACCGAGCAACGGGCGCUCACCCCGUCGCGGGGAUUCGAACCGCCGACCUUCUGAUCAGCAAGUCCUAGGCUUUGUGGUUUAACCCACAGCGCCACCCGCGUCCCUCACCCCUUUUCCUACAACCCUGUAAUCUUAAUCGUUCCUCAUGUUGCUUCUCUGUCAACAUUUACCAGCAGGGCUUGAUAUUAGUAAGUGACUUAAUAUCAGGAAAGGUGCCAUAGUUCAGAAGCAGAGCACCUGCCUUGCAUUUAGAAGGCCCCAUGUUUAAUUCCUGGCAUCUCCAGGUAGGGCUGGGCAAGAACCCUCAAGAGUUUCUGUAGAUAAAUACUGAGCCAGAUGGACCAAUGAUCUGACUCAGUAUAAGGCAGGUUCCUAUGUUGUUAACUUGGCUUCCUCCGUGGACAAUUGAGGCAGAAAUCCAGUUGCAAGCUAUUGCCUCAUCAUCACCAUGAUAAGUCAUGGUCUGAGAAACUGUCCAGAAUAAUGGGACUGGAAGAUGGUCACUAGCCUAUUUGGGUGGUUCUCACCAUUAUCAUGGUGGAUAGCAUAGGUGGAUAGUUCUAGGAUGGAUAGCCACUAAUGUUUGUUGCAUCUUGUGAACUGUGCAGGUACAGGAGUAAAGUGCUCAGAUGGCACCCAGAUAAAAAUCCAGAUAACAGGGCAGAAGCUGAACAGAAGUUCAAGGAGGUUGUGGAAGCCUACAAAGUCCUUUCAGACAGUAAGGCACCCAGUUGCUCUUCAGUGCUCCUUUUCUUCCUCUCUCCAAUAGAACAUUCACAGUCACAACAGCUAAAUUAUUUUUGACUGAUUAAUCCCAAAUAAAAACAUAAUGAACAUGGAUUAAACUUUGUCAACUGCUCUAGAAUGCAAAUAAAUGAACAAAUAAAAAUAGUAACACUCCAUUCUUUAGGCAGCGACACAAGGUUGCAUAAGUAAUUCCAAACUUCCUUCCUUCAUCUUUUUGUUUGCAUAGUCGGAAUUGUUAACAUAUUUUCUCCCAAUCCUUCAAUGCACAUAUGAGACCAUUCCCACAUUUGACCUUUGUUUCCUUCCACUCCAGUUUAAGCUGCUUAAUCUAAUCUCCAUUUACAAUUAUCUUUGGAAGGAUGGAAGUUCAACCUUCUACCUUGCUGACAGAAUGAUUUUUUUUCUUAAAAAAGGCUUGAAUAUGGAGAAACUAACUAUGAUUGGAGCUAAACUUUACAAGAAAUAUGGAUCUGCCACAACUCUGUUCUCCUUUAUCUCCAAUUCCUAGUAAGAUAUAGCAUAAUAAUACAGUUUGGACUGUGGGUCAAAUUAGACUCAGCAGGAGUCUCCAUUUGGGCUGCAAGGCUGUUUUCCCCAAACAACACCCACCUGCUCUGCACCCGACAUCAUUUGGAACAUCAGGUGUGGGGCACGUAAAUACGUGGUUGCAAAGAAACAAUAAGGAGUUUUAAGCACACUCUUGAUUGUUCCUUGGCAAGCGGAGCUCACUAACAGCAAGGCCUUUUGAAGCUGGUGUGGUUUGGAGUCAAACUGCACUUGUAACUGGACAUUUUUAUUUUGUAGACCAGCUUUGCAAAGAGCUGCAGAGAAACAAUAUCCUUUUGCAGGCAUGGUUUGCAUCCAAACCAUGCCUGCAAAAGGCCAACGUGGGGCUCACCGUCAAUAUAAAUCAGUUAAUCAGCACUAACAGCAGGCCCCUCUGAAGUUGUCACCUGCCAUCAUAAUAAGACAAUUAACAAUUGGGCGGCUCUGCCCACCUGUCAAAGUGGCCUGGAGGUGGCAGUGGAAGUCAUGUUCUGGCCCAGCAGUUGGAAAAGAUACCACACCCCAUCAUGCGCUGUGCAUCUCCCCACUGUCAAACUGAUAUUACAUUCUUCACAUACACUUCCCAGCCAUGCUUCCCCCAGGGAGGCUCACCUGGCGCCUUCAUCGUAUCUUUUGGCAACAGGCAAAAACAUUCCUCUUCUCCCAGGUCUUUGUUUAAUUCGCGAGUUAUGGCCUUUUAAACUGUUUUUGUUUCUUACUGUGUUAUGUAUUUUUGUGUUUUUAUAAUGUAAACUGCCCUGUGAGCCUCGGAUGAAGGGUUGCAUAGAAAUGGAGAGAACUGAAGUCCAGAGACAGCGGCUUGUCUAAUAGUCACUGAGCUGGAUUUAUGGAUGUGGUGUGGUUUGAACCAGGGACUUCUUGGUCUCUUUAACAUGAUGCAGAACAGCAGCAAUAAAACUGGAAAACUCAAAGCUAGAGAUGAAGAGGCAGCUUGAAAUUUCCUUCCACCUUUACUUCUAUUCCAGGAAGCACGCGUAACCAGUAUGAUGGGAGCAGCACAGAGACGUUCAAAGAAACAAGUGAGUAGUCUAGAGAAGAGGCCAAGGGCCUCGUCCCAACCUCUGAUUAAGCCUAUUAACAUCUCUAAGGCUUAGUGGGGCUUACCAACCUGUCCACUUCAGUUCCUCUUGGAUUCACAUUUUUCCAGCCUUUCACCACAUUUCCACAUCAGUUUGCAUUUUUUUCUUGAAGCCCAUAUAUUUUUGCAUUCAUUUCCCCUAAAGUGCAUGAUUUUUGCAUGUGACAUUGCAUCCACUCUAUCCAGUUUUUCAACCAAUUUCCUCUAGCCUGAUGCAUUUUGGAACAUGAUUUUCAUGAAUAUAUGUACACUUUUUUGUACACUUAUUUUGCUGGAAAAUGGUGUUGCAAAAUUCAGAGAGGUCUGACUUUUGAAAGAUAGCUGUGUUUUGUUUUGUGUAUUGGAUAUGCGAAUUGGGUAGGUUUGCAUUAAAAUGCUAAGAAAGCAAAUUUCUCACUCCGUUCCUAACAGGACAUUAAUGGUUCUGUUUAGCACUGGGCUCAGGAAAGCAACUGAACACUCUUUGCAGCUGUUUCACCCACUUUUAAAAAAGAUUGCUCCAGCAAUCUUUAAAAGUGUGAGAGAAACUUCUGCAAAGAGCAUUCAGCCCUAUUCUGUGCUCAGACAGGAUUGUGGGGACCACAAAAGAUUUCAGUGGGUGUGUGGAGCAACCCACCUGUCAAACAUGUGAUGCCCAUAGUGCUGUUGUGACUGCCAGAUGUAUCAUCUCACCACCUGCAGAGCCCAAAAUGUUCCUCACCCCUUUGUACACAUACCUCAAGAGCUAUGAAUGGUUUUCAAAAGUCUUCUUCACCCAUAUGUGUUUAAAGAGAUCCAGAAUCUAAUUCUGUUUCCUUACGCACAAAGAAGCAUGCCGCCGGUUGAAAAUAGCUACUAUAAUACAUGUAGGUUGACUGUAUCUAGGGGUUCCAUGACUGCUGCAGCCUGGUAGAUUGGAAAGCAACUUGGAGGAAAUAACUAGUUUUGCCUCCAAGGAGAGAUUCUUUUGCCUCCUUUCCUUAAUCCUCCCAUACAUCCUGGAAGGAGAAGAUGCAACAACUUUGGUGAUGUUGUAACAGCUCAUUUUUAUUUUUCAAAACCAUGCUAUUUACAUAUCCCUUUCAAACAGCACAGCAUUUGGAAUUGUUUCCCUUUCUCUCUCCUUAGAGAGAUCUGAGGAUGAGAAGCACCUGUCUGUGUUUGAUCACGAUGGCAUCAAAAUAUUCUUCACAAAACAACGUUCUUCUUCAGGUAACCUUUACAUCCUUUCUGGAAAACUGCUCUGCUGUGAAGCCUGUUGGUUGCCACUGCUGUUAGCUUAGGACUGCUAAUUCAAGUACCCAGGGCUUUUUUCCAGCCGGAACUUGCCGGAACUUGCUGGAACUCAGUUCUGGCACAUCUCAGGUGGGCUCCAUUACCAUGAUAAGAGAACAAGGGAGGCGAUCAUGGUGAGUUCUGGCACCUCUUUUUCUAGAAAAAUAGCACUGCAGGUACCUAUACCUGCAGGUACCUGUGGUGAGGCUUCUGUUUGUGGCACAGUAUUCUGAUAGAAAGAGAAAUAAAUAGACAGGUUUUAAGGAUUUAACCAAACUGAGAAUACAUACAGGCCAGGCAUAAAACUAUGCUGUAGAAAGAGAGCAGAAGAGCAAUGCCUAAGGAAAAGAUUAUUUGGAAGGGUGUGUUGAUCAUCAUCAUCAUCAUUUCUCUCUCUUUCUCUCUGUCCCUCGGCCUAUUUCUGGUUUCAGUAUUUCAGUCCCACUUGUCCUUCUGGUGCUUUGUGCCAAAAUGGUGACUAAACAGCAGCAUAAGACUUCUGCUGUUGUUACCAGCAACCCUUCCUCCCAUUGCCAGUGUUAUCAGAAAAAUCACUAAAUCUGAUGUAAAAGUCUGCUGGGGCGGAAGCUGCUGUGAAGGUGAUUUGAUCCUUAGGGAGCAAGUUCAAUAGCUCCAGAGGUCCUUUUUAGUCUUAUAACUAGUAUCGCUGAGGUAAUUGACAAGAGCAAGUGUAGACAAUAUUAUAACCUCCUGAUGUUUUGGAAAUCAAACCUGCAUCACACCCAGGCAGCAUUGCUAUGAUUACAGCAACUUCUGGAGGGCACUGAGUUAGCUACCCCUGACCAGAGCAUCUUACAAGAGAGGAUGAAAGAUGAAUUACAGUGUGCUUGUUUUGUGUGUGUAUGUGUAAUUUGUGGCCUGGAUGCACUUCAUAAUGAGUAUGUGGCAACCUGUGUGUUUCAGAUUUUUCUGUAUCCUUCUUCAGCGCUCCUAAAAGGUUCCAUCACUUUUCCAUCAUGACUGCCUUCAUGAAUGGCAAAAAAAUCACAACCAAAAGGUAAGUGGGGGGACAGACAUCUUUGUAGGAAUCUUCUCCUUAAGUCUUGAUUCUCCUGGCUGCAUAACUCUGUGUGUUUGCAAUGUGCAAGCAUGUCCAAAAGCAAAAUGCCUCUGAAAUACCAGUUGCUGGGAAUUACAGGUGUGCACUCAUGUCCAGCUUGCAGGCUUCCCACAGACAUUUGUUUGACCACUGUGAGAACAGGAUGCUGGACAAGAUGGGCCAUUGGCCUGAUCCAGCAGGCUUGUUUUAUGUUCCUAACUCCUGGGUCCAGGACAAUGUAAUGCAUCUGUGUUUAUACUUUGUAUGUUGCUUGGAGUCCUUAGGGUAGCAAGCAAGUAAUGUGUCUGACUCUCUCAGGUGUACAGGAUGUGAGAAGGUAUCUGUACAUCUUUAGAGGAAAGAGGUAUGUGAGUGAGUUUAACAGUCAUAUGUCUGCCUUACAGAAUUUGUGCGGAAACUUUUAUUAGAUGAAUAUUUGAGACAACAGUGACUUGACGGGUAGAUUCCUACACAUAUAUAGGAGCAAAUAAAGUUCUCAUAUGCACAUAGGGAUCUAUCCAAAUGAGUGUUUGAACAAGGAGGCUAUAAUAUGGAGGCUUCUCUUGUUCCUAAGGCAUCUGUCCCUUGUAUGGUCAGGUAACUAUGUGACAUUUCUCCCCUUCAGACAUCUCGAGAAUGAAAGCAAGUACUUGGAAGUUGAAGAGGACGGGAAGACGGUAUCUAUCCAUGUUAAUGGUAAAUUUGAGUGGGCUGUAUUAUGCCUUGUGACAGGUGUUAAAUGCUUACCUCAGUGUGUAUAGGGCACCUCCAAGGAGCCUGGUUUUCAGAACGCAUGCUUUCCCUCUUGAAAAUUGAGACACCCAGAAAAUUCUGACUCAGAGGGUUUUUUGUUUCCUUUUGUUUGAAAACCACCUUAUUCUCUCACAGCUCAUUAGGCAAACAAAAAACAAAACAACCCAAUAAGAAAACAUGUUCUUUGUCCUGUGAAUUAUAGGUAAGGAUGAUUAGCUCUGCAAGCAAACAAAUGACUGAACAAAUGAAUGAAUGAAUGAAUAAAGGCGCAGGAUAUAUGCCAAAUACACUCAAAUCUGGAAUAAACAAUGGAAAAGACAGAACAAUUUCAUUGAUUAGCAUAUGUUGUAUUGGUGUAAUCUAGGGAAUCUACAAUAUUCACAAUAUUAACUCCUGGAAUGGCAGGCAGGGGGAAGAGGGUAACAUCAAGCUAUUGCCAACAAAGUCCUAUGUAGAGUAGACCUAUUGAAAUUAAUGAGCCUAGGGUAUGCAUUUUCAAUAAUUUCAGUGUGUCUACUCUGAGUAUGACUAACACUGAAUAAAACCCAUUUGGUCAUGAUGAUGAUAGCAGCAUUUAUAUAUUGCCCAUCUGACCAAGUCCUCUGGGCACUUAACAAAGACAAUAAAAUACAAAGUCCUGUUUACAAAACCAGAACAAAACAAAACACCUAAACCUAAAAACCAAAAAAUAAAAGCCAGCAAUGCUAUCCCCAAAGUAGCACAAGACACAGCAGAUAAAAGAAUUAUAACCAGCACAACCAGCAUAAACCAGGGGAUGCUGGGUGCAAAAAAUGAACCCUCUCUGGUUUAUUCUAGUCUUGUUCUCAUUUACUUGGCAAAAUUAUGCACCUUAGUCAAUUCAGGCACUGUUCUCCAUUACCUGUCUUAUAUCUCCUUCAAUGUCUGCUUCUCUCUCCCCUGUUGAAUGUGUGUGGUGCAUUAUUAUCCUAACUUCCUUGGGACAUGAUAAUGAGUGGCAUGCAGUGCCUCUGUUCCAUUCACAUAACAGACUUCUGCUUGGCACAAAGGAACUUCCUCCCCUGUAUAGCUUUUACACACCCUUACAAUUUGCCCCAGGGAAUCUCUGGAAAGUCCUGUUGCAUGAAUGGAAUUUUGCUUACACAGCAUUGAAUACAACCCAAUCUGUUUACUCUUUUUCUUGGGUAUUUCCUUUGUGUGAGUACGAUUGGUGUUCCUACUAAAGCCACCAAAUGCAGACCACUGACCAAAUUCUGGUGGGCCAUCUGGUAGAUGGUGGGAUAUUCAAGAUCCCUUGCUGUAUGCCUCAGACAACAUAGGGACUUAGAGACCAGGGACUGAGAGAGAACAUGUGUGGCUGAAUUCAGCAUACCCUUAGUGCAAAUAGGAUAUAAGGGUGACAAAAAGGAUUGGAUCUAGACUUAGUCAUGCUUAGAGCAGACCCACAGAAAUCUCAUUGAUUGUGACUAUCAAGUUGCAUUGAUUUCUGUGGGUCUACUCUAAGCAUGACCAAGUCUGAAUGCAACAGAAUGCAACAGAAUAGUUAACAUUAUUGUCAGCGAGUCAUAAUAAUUCUGGAUGUUUACAUGCUCUACAAAUUUCAUUCUAUGGGAGAAACAUAAACCAUGCCCUGAAAUUGUGUGAUAAUUUUUAAUCAUGCUGGACAUGGAAAGAGUGUGUAAAUGCAGAUCCUAGGCUUAUUUCUGUAGCUCCAUCACUGGAACAGACCUCCAGUUGACCAAUAUAUUCUGGCUCUUGCAGGCAUACCUGUUUACGAUAGAGAAAUUAACGCAAACAACUGGGAUUACAGGUUGGACAGGGGCUACUAUUAUCCAGAAAAGAAUCGGUUUUGGACAUGUGAAAGGCGUCGGUGGGCAGAAGGCUGGCGGCGCUGGGCAAGCCAAUGGCGAGACUGGGCAGAAGAGUGUCGAGACUGGGCUGAAGGAAAGCAACAUGAGAAAGACAAGUGCUUUUCUGGGGCUAAUGCUGGUCAUCGCUGGGCAAAAGCAGCACAAGGUCCAAAGGCUAGUGAGGAACAUCUCAGGUCAGACAGGGGUUGUCCUAGGCCAGGGGAAGGGAAAUGUGAUCUGAAAGAGGGGCAUAAGACUAAUAAGGGACCAUCUCGCCCAGAAGUGGAACACUCCAAGUCAGAUAAAGGGUAUUUUGUGUUUCCCAAGCCAGGUGAGAAUUCUGGACCAGACGAAGGGCAUCUCAAGGCAAACAUGAGGCAACAGAGAGUGGACGAGGGGCAUCCCCCAUCAGAUAAGAACAACCCAGGAGUUGUUAGGCUGGGGGAGGGGCAUACGGAUAAGGACAAGGGGCAUGCCACAAGGAAAAAAGAGCAGCCUAGGCAGGACGAGGGGCAGCCCAGGCCAGAUAAGGGGUCCCUCAGUCACAAGAAACCAGACCCUGUGUGUAAUGAAUCAGCUAUGAAGCACAAGGUGGUUUCUGAACACAACCCUCAGGCUUGGAAUAGGGAGCCUCAUGCUGGGAAACAGAAGCAACCGCCAGAAAGAAGCAACCCACGUGCUGUGAAAAGCGAAAAGCUGCUCAGAAAGAAUGAGCCGAAGGAUGACAAGCCGGAGUCCAAAGGUGAGAAGCCCAGGCUUACGAUAGAGUCUGAACCUGGGAAGGGAACAGAAUUCAAUGGUAUGAAGGGAAAGGCUUGUGCUGAUACUAAAGUGGCUCCUCAAACACAUCUGACUUCCUCUGGUGGCAGAGUGCUGCCACUGAAAAGGAAAGAGCCCCAGAUUCGGGUAAGAAAGCUGUAUGGCAAGAGGAGCAAGUCUCAAGCUGGAAGGAGGUCGUCGCACGGUGGUAGGAGCAAGUCCCGGGCAGGGAAGACUAGGGUGCCUGAUGGACAAAGUAAGGCAGAGCCUGGGGGGAGCAGCUCAUCUAAAGGACUCGAAGAACAGCCUGAGGGGAAUGACUUAGCUAAAGAACCCGGUAAAGGAAAGCCUGAGAGGAACGACUCAGUUGAACGACGCAGUUUAGGAGAGCCUGAGGGGAAUGGCUCAGCUAAUGGAAGCAGGGAGGCGCCACCUGAGGGGAAGCAGACACAGGCAGAUUCUAAGGGUGCACUGCAAGGUCGGAAAAAGGGACCUCUAUCAGCUCUCCUGGGGGGUGACAUUUCUCUCCCAACAAAACACAGACUGCUCAGAAGAACAACACAAUGUCGCCUCUUAUCUGAAGUCCAGGGUGAAAAGCAUCAGUAUGUAUCUGAAACGAGCCAGUUCAUCAGCAUGAAUGACCAACGGAGAAGGAGACUGACCAAACUCCCUCAGUCUGGUACACAGCUUCCAAGUAUUGAAGGCCAGAAACUUGGAGCGAAUCAGUUCCCAAAUGUGACUCAUUGACCAGGGGUAUGUUCAAGCUAGCUGGCUCACAUUUAAGCUCACCGUCUCGCUCACUGAUUUGUGAUCACCUCUGACUUCUGUGUUCACACCAGGCAGUGCAGGACCCCAUAUUUGCUGGGCUGCAAUAGGAAGGAGAGUUUCCAGAGAUUGUGGUCGGUAAGGGAGGUGUGUUUUUCAAUAAAGGCAGUAAUGUAACUCUCACAA